AUGACCAACGGAAACAACGCCGCAAAAAGAAUGCCUUCGGCUGCAUUGGGCGGCAGACAGUCUAGGCGUCUCCAAAUGCGAAAUCAACCAGUACCGGUUUCAGUGGCGGGGGAAAGGGGAGCAGGCGAGCGGUGGGGAGGAACAACCUUUUGCUGCGGAAGUGCCAACUACUCCGAUCGUCGAUGUGGAACAAGGAGCAUCGAUGAAUGUGGACGAGAAGAUGGACGAGAAGAGGACUCCGGUGAAAGGCUCCCUCCGGAAUCGGUUGACUUUGGAAGUAAUAUUGACAAUGUAAAGAGAAAGUAUAAGCCGAAUGGAAGUGUAGUGGUGGGAAUGGUGGAGCAUAGAGGGUCGAGUCGAUGUGAACGAUGCCAACUUGAUGACUUGCCCUGCUUCCAGAGGGAAGGGAAAGCCACCAUGAAGUGCAAGUCUUGUACUUCGGAUCAUUGUUCCUUCCACUCUGGUCAUGCUGGAUCACCUUUGACCCGGGCUAGUGGUUCUGCCCAAAUUCCAAAGGCGUCCAGUAAAGCUUUGGUACAUUUGGAACAAAGCGAUUCGGAGGAUGACAUCGAGCAGUUGGAGGAGAGUGAUGACGAGGAUCAGGGAAGUGGAAAGAAGAGAAAGAGGGGUAGGAUAUUCGAUACUGGUUCCCAGCCUGUUUCUUCACUAGUCCCUUCGUAG